UUUCUUUUCAUCAUCCAAGAAAGAAAGAAAUGUCAUCUACGACGACACUGAGCCAGUUGUUUGAUCUUCCAGCAGGGGAGCAGAUCUGCUAUGUCCAGUGUGGAUUCUGCACCACCAUUUUGCUGGUGAGCGUGCCAUGCAGCAGCUUGUCGAUGGUGGUAACGGUGAGAUGUGGGCAGUGCACCAGCCUGCUGUCUGUGAACAUGCUGAAAGCCUCUUUUCUUCCCUUCCAUCUCUUAGCUGCCUCUCUGACGAAGCAGCAACAAGAAGAAGAAGAAGAAGAAGAAGAAGCCGCUGUUCAUCAUCUCAACCGCAUCAUCAACAAACCUCCAGAGAAAAGGCAGAGGGCUCCAUCGGCUUACAAUCGCUUCAUCAAAGAGGAGAUCAAGAGGCUGAAAGCUGAUAACCCCAAAAUGCCUCACAAGGAAGCUUUCAGUAUGGCUGCCAAGAAUUGGGCUCACUUCCCACCAGCCCAUUACGACGACAACGAGGUCGGGUUUAAUAAGCAGCAGCUGCAAGAAGGAGGGAGAUCAUAAUCGAGAUCCACAAACACCUAAUUGUUGGAACAAAUUUGGUCAGCCUGAAGAGCUGAUUUUCAGGUGAGCAUACAAUAUGGCAAAAAUAUCAAAGGAAAAGCUUCAAAUUAAGCUUGGGGCAUAUUAAUUAAUACUGUUCUGUUCCAAUUGGUGCAAUGUGAAAGACACUCUUGUUCUUGUAGUAAUGAUUUUAAUGAAAUACCUACACCUUCCUCUCUCUCUAUCGUAUAAUAAUAAGCAGCUAUAUAUAGCAAGUAAAGGGCUUUUCUAACUUUUUUUUAGGGUUAGGGUUUGGUGUCAAAUCUCAUGUCAAAUUGUGGCAUAUAUAGAUGCCCUUGGGAAUUGAGGCAUUUUGAGCUGCGCGCACACUCAUUCACUCACUCACUCAACUUUCUAUCAUCACUACUCUUUCUUGGGAAGCCUACGAUUCAGCUUCACCAUGUUUCCAAUGUAUCUACCUAGCUAUAGUUU